GGGAGCAGCGACUCGGUGGAGACGCGCGGGGUCGCGCGGUGCGAGCCGCGAAAUGGGCCCGCGAGCCCGGCCCGCGCUUCUCCUCCUGAUGCUCCUGCGGACUGUCACCCUUGCGGGGCGACCGCCGCGAUCGCACUCUCUGCACUACCUCUUCAUGGGUGCCUCAGAGCUGGACAUUGGGCUGCCUCUUUUUGAGGCCUUGGGCUAUGUGGACGACCGGCUAUUUGUGUCUUAUGACCAUGAAAGCCGCCGUGCUGAGCCCCGCACCCUGUGGGUCCAGGGUGGGGCUGCCAGCCAGCUGUGGCUGCAGCUGAGUCAGAGCCUGAAAGGCUGGGACCACAUGUUCAUCGUAGACUUCUGGACCAUCAUGGACAACAACAAUCAGAGCAAGGAGUCCCACACCCUGCAGGUGAUUCUGGGCUGCGAGGUGCAGGAAGACAACAGCACCAGAGGGUUCUGGAAGUAUGGGUACGACGGACAGGAUCAUCUCGAAUUCUGCCCUGAGACGCUGAAUUGGAGAGCAGCAGGGCCUGGGGCCCGGGCCACAAAGCUGGAGUGGGAAGUGAACCAGAUUCGGGCCAAGCAGAACAGGGCCUACCUCAAGAGGGACUGCCCGGAACAGCUGCAGCGGCUGCUGGAGCUGGGGAGAGGGGCUCUGGACCGGCAAGUUCCUUCUUUGGUGAAGGUGACUCAUCGUGUGGCUCCUGGAGUGACCACUCUUCGGUGUCAGGCUAUGAACUUCUUCCCCCAGAACAUCACCAUGAGAUGGUUGAAGGACAAGCAGCUGCUGGAUGGCACGGAGGUUGAGCCUAUGGACAUGCUGCCCAAUGGGGAUGGGAACUACCAAAGCUGGAUGGCUGUAGGUGUGACCCCUGGGGAAGAGCAGAGAUACACCUGCCAGGUGGAGCACCCAGGCCUGGACCAGCCCCUCACUGCCACCUGGGAACCCUCAUCUUCUGGCACCCUAGUCAUUGGAAUCAUCAGUGGGAUUGCUGUUUGUGUCAUCAUCUUCUUCAUUGGAAUUUUGAUCAGAAUCUUAAGGAAGAGGCGGGUUUCAAGAGGAGCCAUGGGGGACUACGUCUUAGCUGAAGUGCAGUUUGCAGAACUCUUGAGUUACUCAUCUGUCACCAAGACCUGUGGUCUUUUCCUUCAGAGGCCAAUCUGGGCCUCUGUGUAACUAUGAAGGCUGUGCAUUGCCCAGCUGGAGGAGGUGCCUUUUCCCACAGACGCAUCAUGGACAUUUAUAUGCAUUCUGAUAGUUUUCCAGCAGGUGGAAGGGAAGUGUCUGGAGGAGGGGUGUCACUUUUUCAUGUAUAUGAAGGUGAUGUAUGGAUUUUCUCAGAGUAGUGGUGUCUGCAUUUGCAGUGCCACUCCUAUAUGCCACACCUGAAGUAUCACAGUAACCUUUCUAUCUGGUCUCUGCUGACACUGUCCUUGUCCUGAUGGUGAUGGUAAUGAUGAUACUUAGAAAAUGCACAUACUUCGUGCUAGGUUCUGUUCUGAGCACUCACAUGCAUUAUCUCAAGUAAUUCUCAUAGUAAUUCUCUGAGGUAGGUACUAUUCUUGUCUGCCAUCCCCCCACUUUCUUUUGGUUGAAGAUACUGAGGUGCAGAGUAUCUCACAGCCUGCCAGGGAUAGAGACAGGUUUUGAACAUAGUCACUCUGGCUCUUUGAUUCAUUUCGUACACCACCACUUUCAGAUUUUUUAGAUGUGUGGAGUAAAUGUAGAAGGAAGCAGGUGGCUGGGUGAUAUGGGCAAAAUAUGAGGGAUCUCUUCCCCAUUCACCUCUUCUUCUCUUCUCUCAUUGUGUUUCUUCUCGGUGAACAUGAUCCAAAUGAAGGGAAAACAGCAGAAAACAAUCUACUGAUCCAUAGCUGCCAUGUUCCCUUCCGAUAUCCCUGUGGGAAGGAUCCCAGGAAGUGACACCCUCACUCAUCUGUGGCCACCACCAGUCUGCUCUCUGGUAUCUAUGUCUUCAGCUCCCAGACCAGGACUGUGAUUGGGGGUGGGGGGUGGGGGGUGUCAGAAUGCUGGUGGCAUUUUCCUCAAGCAGCUGGAACAUCCUCCUCAUAUUAAAAACAGUGAAGUGGAAACGGCUGAGUGGCCUGUGGGAUGCCCCACACAUCUUCCUGGGGGUUGCUGGAGCUCCAGUUCUCAUCCCUGGCUGUGCCCAUUCAAAAAAAUUAACCAGGUCACUCAGGGAUGACUUGAUUUUUGGAAAGUAAUUCAGCUGACCAUGUUCAGAAGAGACUUAAGGUAUACAUGCAGAUGUCAUGUGUUUCUCAUACACUGCUGGAUACAUCUGGCUGAAGAGUAGUGGAACCAGCCAUUCUGCGUAGAAGGCAGGUACCUCAGGAGACCAAAUAAAGCUCAGAAGGUUGUUGGGUAGGCAUUGAAAUUCAGCAAAGAGAUCGCAACUAUUUUUUUAAACUUUUAAUUUUUUUUUUCAUCUGGUUAUGAAAGUUAUGUGGAAAGAAAGUAAAAGUAAUUUGUGCUCAUUGUAGAAAAUUUGAAAAAACAAAUAAAAUUUAAAUCGUUUAUAAUUUUAUCAGCCAGAGAUAAACUCUAGUAACAUUUUGCGUACUUGCUCUCAAUAUUAUUGCUACCCUAAAAAAUACAGAAAGUUUAAAAAAUGUAUAUUUUAAUAAAUAUACAGUUUUGUAUUGCAUGAUUUUACUGAUGUUUUACUUGUCCAUUAUAUGUAUGUACUUAAUCAUUUCCUUAUUUUUUGCACAUUUACACUGCUUCUACUUUUUUUUAUGUUUUAUGGAAUAUUUUCAUUAAACUCUACUGAAUUAACUGCUCUUCUUUGCUUUAGGCAUUAUCACCUAAGUUGUAACUCACUGGUUAUUUUUACCUCCAAACCAUUUUGGAAGCACACUAACAAAUUAUUUCUCUCUAAAUAUACUGUACUCAAUGCAGACUAUCAAAAACCUUAUCUUACUCUUCUACCUCAUGAAGGAUAUGUGACAUAUAAUUAGGUGACUCUUUAUACACACACACACAUACACACACACAUAUAGUUUUUAUUUCACAAAGACAGCUUUUCAAGAAGCACCCUAUCCUUCACAGUAACACAUUUACUAACCAUUGACAACUAUGGCCUAAGACUUUUUUUUUUAACAUUAGAAGUUAUAAAUCUCCAUUUUUUUUUAGUUUUUAUAUGGUUUGAUUUUUCUGGCUUUGCUCAUCAUUUUUGAGGUCUACCAUGUUUGAAAAAUAGAAGAACACCUACAUUUAAGAUACUUAAUCUUAUUUUUCCUCUGGCAAAACCACCCAUAAACAAAAAGUAUUAGUAAGGGGAAGGGUGACAUCUGGUGGUCAUUGUCAAGUGUAUCACUGCAGUCUUGUGACAGGAGUGUCCAAGCUCUACCUUGCUGGGGGUAGAGACCAUGCUGGGGGUUUGUCUGAAGGGAAGGGGAUGGAAAACGGUAGGGAACCGGAGAUGAUUUAAAUGGUGGCACAAAUGGCCUGAAAAUUCGAGGAAGCCAAAAGGAAACUUUCUCCAGCUAUUUGAAUUGCUGGAAUCAGAGGGCACUGUUGAGCUGCCUAAACUAUGAGUAGAAUAGAAGGAAAACAGACAAUUAACACUCCUAAUCUUUGAAAUGGUGGAGAGUAGGUGGUUGAGGCCUGCUGGCACAGGCCCAAAUUCAUUUUACUUCUAAACCUGUUAUUCUGAACCAUUAUGUUAUAAUAAUAUAAUCUUAACAGUGGAGUGUGUACUUUAUUAUAUAUUACAAAACAUUCUUCAUGUACAUACACACAUUUAACAACAAAAUGCUUUCUCUGAAAUGCUGGAAGUUUCUUACAAGCUGCCUUUCGUUACUUUUUUUAUGGUAAGGUAUACAUAACAUAAAAUUUGCUAUUUUAACCAUUUUUAAGUAUACAAUUCAGUGGCAUUAAUUACAUUUACAAUUUUGUAACCAUUGCCACUUUCCACUACCAAAACUU